AAAAAAAACACUGCAUCUCUUGAAAAGAAACACAAAGCGAAAGGAAAGAAAACCAAGAUAACCUUUAAUCAAGAGCAUGUGAAGAGUAGUUGGACCUGCCAAAUAGUUAAUCUUCGCUCGCUCAUUCCAUAUUGUUAAUUACUAUCGUUAGAGAUGGCGUAUGGCGCAGUGAGUUUCCUAGAGGAAAACGUGUCGCGGCUGCUGACGUCACAUGCCGAUCUUUUCUCAGGCUCCGACACGGAAGAGGAGCUCCGGCUGCUGACGAACGAUCUCAUCUCUUUCAAGACUUUGCUCGAGCCCGAGUCAUCUACGUCAAAUAAAGCCACACGACUCAGGGAAGUUGAAAGGCAAAUCAAGAAAGUUGUGUAUGCCAUUGAAGAUACAAUCGACGCUUGUGUGACUCGUCUGGCCGCGGCAGCUGCAGACUGGAAAUAUAUAUCCGGUCGGAGACGAGAUCUCGUCGACCCGGCGCCUGCUGACCUGGCACAGCUCAUCAGGUCGCUUAGGAAAGAUGAGUUGAAACCUGCCAUGGACAGGCUCAGUGGGACUGACAUAGCUAAGGUACGAAUUGGCCACGACAAAUCUGAUGGGUCGAGACAAGCAAAGCAGGAGCCAAGGCUGAAAAAGGCAGCCUCAAUCAUGGGAGAAAGCAUGAUAGGUCUGGAAGAUGAGGAAAGAAAAUUAAUCGAAACUCUGAUCUUUGGACGAUAUUCUCCUGAUAAGAUGGGCAUCACCACCCUCAUCGGCAUGCCUGGCCUCGGGAAAACGACCCUUGCUUGGAAAGCUUACAACAACGAGGAAAUCCAACGGGAAUUCCCCACCCGAAUAUGGGCCUCCGUCUCCCGAGAUUUCAACCCGAGAACCAUCUUUCUCGUCAUCCUCCACGAAUUCACGAGCAAGGACAUGUCCAAAGAGACAACCUCUGACCUGGCAAAAGCUAUUCGUGCCUCUCUUCAAGAGAGGAGGUUCCUUUUGGUCCUGGACGAUGUGUGGACUGCUAAGGCAAUGUCUACAAUCACGUCUGCCUUACCCACCAACAACGGGAAGGGUCGAGUCCUUGUCACCACCCGUCAUCACGGAGUCACUGAACAGGUGAUUUAUUCCGAAGACAAAGGAUAUUAUUCUAUUAUACCACCCCAACGGCUUCGUUUCUUGACGAAUGACGAAGGUUGGCGACUCCUUCAGUUCAAAGUAUUCGGGAAGGACGGGCAGUGUCCUCCGCAGCUGCAAGGGCUGGGAAGGCAUAUAAGCCAACGGUGCCGAGGAAUACCGAUGCUGCUGUUGAUGAUAGCAGGGAUUCUUAUGGACUACGUCUCGAAAGAAAAAACAAGUGUUGCCAUCGUGAAGUCGUGGAUAGAGCUAUCCCAAAGCCUAGACAAGUACACUCGUGGUGGAUCGGAUGUUUUCAGGAGUGUUUUGGAAUUGAGUUAUGAUAGAAUGUGUGACGAGUUGAGGGACUGCUUUCUUUAUUUGGGGGUGUUCCCGGAGGAUUAUGAGAUCCCGGCUUGGACAUUGACCCGGCUAUGGAUUUCCGAGGGGUUCGUUCGACCAAGGCAGGGACAGAGCUUGGAGGAGAGAGCGCACGAGAAUAUAAUAGAUCUCAUCAACCGCAACUUGGUCAUCGUUGAUAAACUUAAAAGCAACGGUGAGGUCAAGACGUGCCGGAUUCAUGACACAGUGCACGACUUCUGUAAAGUGGAGUCCGAGGGGAAAGAGCAUCUCUUCCAAGUGUUGACAAAAAAUGGCGAUGGAACUUUCAUCAAACCUUUUCAAAACGAUCAGCACCGCCGCAUUUGCAUUCAUUCCAAUGUCCUGGAAUUCUUCUCUCCAGAGCCGUACGCCCCAGCCACUCGUUCUUUCCUUUCUUUCUCCGGAGAAGAAAUCGCCUUGCCGAUAGAGGACAUCCCGAAAAUCCCGGGGGCCUUCGAGUUGGUGAGGGUUUUACAUGUGAAACCCCUCGUGUUCAGAAUAUUCCCACUCGGGCUGACUCAACUCGUGCUUCUCAAGUACGUGGUCUUGUCUACUAACUUCAAAGUCCUUCCGGAAGCCAUUUCCAGGCUAAGAAACAUGAUGACUCUCGUAAUCCAUACAUCGUCCCGUACUUUGGCAAUCAAAGCCGAUAUUUGGAGGUCGAUGGUCCAGCUGAGAGACUUGAGGACAAACGCGUCAAUUACUUUGCACAAAAAACCAGCAGCUGGCGAAAACCGAGGAGGCCAGCAUCUUCAGACGCUGGCCAACAUAUCACCGGGCGAUUGCACCCUCGACUUGUUCGCGCGGGCACAACACCUCCAGAAAUUAGGCAUUCGGGGGAUACUUGCCACUAUGAAUUUCGACAACUUGGAAGUACUGAAUGACCUCGAGAAUUUGAAGCUGCUGAAUGACGACAUCCAUGAUAUCAUGACCCCAUUCAGCCUUCCUCCUCCAGAUAAGUUCCCCCCGAAACUUAGGAGCUUGACGCUAUCUGCCACUUUUCUCGGUUGGGAGCAGAUGUGUGUCGUAGGAAUGCUGGAGAAUCUUGAGGUGCUCAAGCUGAAAGACAAUGCGUUUGUGGGUCGGUGUUGGGAGGUGGGCACAGGUGGUUUUCGUAACCUUGAAGUGCUGCACAUUGGGUACACGAACAUAGUUUCUUGGGAAGCUUCGGAUCACGAAUUUCCUAAGCUUAAAUGCUUAAUGCUUAGAAACUGUGAGGAACUUGAAUCGCUGCCCCAAGUGCUUGCAGAUGUACCAUGCCUUGAGACAAUGGCCUUGCACCGGCUCAGUAGAACGGCUGUGACUUCAGCUAGAAAAAUCCAGCAGCAAAUAUUGGAAAACAGAGGGGACUGUGGAGGAGGAGGCAGGGGAAUUAAGCUUUCCAUAUUUCCUCCUUAUCAAUGAAGUUUGCUAGUACUCGAUCAAGCAACCUGUUAAACAAUGAAUUUUUAUUGCUUGCAUAUUGCAAAAAUUAUUCAAUAUAAUGUAAGUAUCAAUUCAAACACUAUUCUCUCUUUUUAAUUACUGUGUUAGGAUAGAAGUUUGUUUCUAGUUGUAGAGAAGUAAACUAUCAACAUAUAUAACUUAUAAGUAGUCAUUGUAAUAGGAAAAGUUGUUAGAAACAUUAGCACUUU